AACGGUAAGACCAAAAAAAGCCAGUUAACUGUCUGUCAAUGGACCAUUAACCACACAGUUAACUAGCUGUUUUUUGGCUUUUCCGUUUACUGGCAGUUAUUAGACGGUAUUUUUGCAGACCUAAAAAGGGCCAAUAAACUAGAUAGUUUUUAGGUGGUUUUUAGACAGUUAACACGUUGUCAACUGGCAGUUUUUAGGCAGACUGUAAACUGGCAGUUAAUGAGCAGUUUAUUGCCCGUCUUUUUUCUCCUGGGUUUAAAAAGUAUGAUUCCGCAUGAUCCUUUUCUUUUUCUCAUUGUACAGUAUUCGAAAAAUGUUUCGCUUCUGUGUAUGAUGAAGCAUAAUAAGCACAGAACAAAAAACACUUUUCACUCAUUCUUACGUUUUCUUACAGAGUCCUGACGAAUGUUUAGCAUCGAAUCUAUGUACUGGAGAUCAAAAAUAGAUACCGCUCAUUUGUGAAAGGAACAAUAUGGAUUUCAGAAUGCCACACAUUCCGCUCUUUUUUUUCUUAGAAAAAUGUCCGAUGUUCUUUCUCUAAAACUAAAGUAAUGUCGAUUAAUAAAUGCGCUCAGACGCAUUUAAAAAGGAAAAAAUAACUUUGAAAGAAACAAAAUUGAUAUCUUGAAAUACGUAUGGACGUGUGGGAAUUCAAAAGAAAAACUCCAGAAAAAAGAAAAACACGUUUGAGCGCAUCGGGACGAUGAUUAAUUUCUAUUACGGGCAUUUUUCAUACCUAUAAUUGAAUUUAAUGGUGAAUUCCUAUACAUAUAUAAAGAUGAAAAUUUAAUGGUGUAGAUUCUAAUAGUAAUAUUAAUUAUCAUGCUGAAGUUAUUGAAUUUGCUCGACAAUGUAUUGCAAAUUUAAAACAAAUAUAUGUAUAA